GAUUUUUUCCGUGAAUUGGUUUUUUUCUCACUCUUCACACAACGAGGCUCUUUAAGCCCCGGCGAGCGACACAGAGGGGCAUUCAGAGCGCGAGCGAGGGGGCAGGAACCGACGGACGGACUCUCGCGCUGGGCGGGCGACCUGCUUUAGUGCAGUCUUGGUAAAGCAGAUCUUCAUCCUGAGGAAGACAGUGAAUGGGUUCGUUGUGAAUGAACCAAGCGUAUGUGUAAAGACUGGUAAAGUUCUACUGGAGGACAUAAAUCAACCGAGCACAAACAGAACCGUUAACUUACCGACACCCGUGACCGGAGCGCAAGAGAAGCGAUGUCAACGGAGGAACACAGUUUAUCUGAGGUGGAGAUGAGUCCUGGGGUGUCCGACGAUGGCCACUCCAUGUCCCCCGGGCACUCGUCGGGCGCUGCUGGAGGGCCGGACUCCCCGUUGCCCUGCCAGCCGCCCCAGAUGUCGGGCGUCGGCGAGGAGGCGGCGGGCGUUUCCGGGGGCGUCUCGGUAAAGUCGGACGACGAAGACGAUCGUUUCCCCAUCGGCAUCCGUGAGGCGGUCAGUCAGGUGCUGAACGGCUACGACUGGACUCUCGUGCCCAUGCCCGUGCGAGUGAACUCGGGCAGUAAAAGCAAACCGCACGUGAAGCGGCCGAUGAACGCGUUCAUGGUGUGGGCGCAGGCCGCGCGCAGGAAACUGGCAGAUCAAUAUCCGCAUCUGCACAACGCCGAGCUCAGCAAAACUCUCGGCAAACUCUGGAGGCUCCUCAACGAAGCGGAUAAGAGGCCUUUCAUUGAAGAAGCCGAGCGUUUGAGGAAACAGCAUAAGAAGGAUUAUCCCGAGUACAAAUACCAGCCACGUCGACGCAAGAAUGGCAAACUAGGAACCAACUCUGAGACCGACGGCCACUCUGAGGGUGAGGUCAGUCACAGCCAAUCACAUUACAAAAGCCUGCACCUGGAGGUGGCACACGGGGCAGGAUCACCGCUGGGUGACGGGCAUCACCCUCACGCUACAGGUCAGAAUCACAGCCCUCCUACGCCCCCUACCACACCUAAGACAGAACUGCAGGGGGGUAAAUCCGGGGAGGGGAAGCGUGAGGGUGGAGCCGGGGGUUCCAGGGGCGGUCUCGGGGUGGGAGCAGAUGGAAGCUCCUCCUCUGCGUCCGGGAGCAGUAAACCUCACAUCGACUUUGGUAACGUGGACAUUGGUGAGAUCAGCCACGAUGUGAUGGCCAACAUGGAGCCGUUUGACGUUAAUGAAUUUGACCAGUACUUACCGCCGAACGGGCACCCCGGCGUGGCGCAGGCGUCGGGCGGCACAGGCUCUGGAUCCUCGGCUUCCCCGUACACGUACGGCAUCUCGUCAGCCCUGGCGGCCGCCAGCGGGCACUCCACCGCCUGGCUGUCCAAACAGCAGCUGCCAUCCCAGCAACACCUGGGCUCAGAUGGCGGGAAAACUCAGAUAAAGAGCGAGGCGCACUUCUCCAGCGAGGCGGCGGCCUCGGCGAGCGGCUCUCACGUCACCUACACGCCUCUCAGCCUGCCGCACUAUAGCUCCGCCUUCCCUUCACUGGCGUCCCGUGCCCAGUUUGCAGAAUACGCCGAUCACCAGGCGUCCGGCUCCUAUUACGCCCACUCCGGUCAGACCUCCGGCCUUUACUCUGCUUUCUCUUACAUGGGCCCUUCACAGAGGCCCCUAUACACGGCCAUCCCGGACCCCGGGUCUGUGCCGCAGUCACACAGCCCUACACACUGGGAGCAGCCCGUAUACACCACACUGUCUCGACCGUGACAAACACAUACAACUUAAGGUUUUGCUCCUGUUUAAUAUCCAGUAGCUGAAAGGUCUAAACUAGUGUAUAUGUGCUUGAAAAUCAUGAAAUAUUUUCACCUGCACUACAAUCUACACGGAUGGAGAUCUGAGAGAAACCUUCUGGAGUGUGUGGAGAUCUGCAGGGAAAAUAUUAUCACCAUGUGCCUCAGGCUUUUAAAACACGGCCCAUCACAAAGAUUUGUGAUCUUAUUCUCAUUAGAUUCAAGAAAGUUGACUCCUAUGGUAUUUCAAGUGUUACAUAUUACCAAAGUAAGAGACCAAAACAUUAAAACAGGAACAAAUAGAUGAGUUUCUUUGUGUGGUUUAGCAGAAGAUCUCAAACUUCACCCAACACAAACACAAUACCUGAUCAUGUUAUCUAUACAUCUGUGUUUUUUAUUUGUAUAAAUGAAUAAUCUCGUUUUAUUAACCAAAAUAAGGCCAUAUUGUCAUCAUCAGAAUAAUAAUGAUGUGUUUGCAUUGUUGUAAUCUUUUCUAUUGUUAUGUUGUAAUUGUGUUGCCAUAACUCCACUGAACAUCUUCACCACUGUCUCGUGUUUGUUUGUAAAUAUCAGUCUUUACCUUGUUACUCUAAACACAGACGUGACGCUGUAAUGAAGUAAAAACACCUUUACCAUCUGUCAAGUUUCCAAUAUAUAAAAUCAAAAAUUUGACGCAGAGUUUAAAUCACGUCAGGAUGCAAAACUAUUAUUGUGAAAAGUAUAUUUUCAUUAUAAUUUUACAAAAUGUUGUGUGUUUUUUAUAUUUUUUAAACAUAUUUUGUGAAAAUAACACAUGAACACAUGACAAUGUAAAGGGUUUCCAUUUUCAGCUAGAAAUUAAACAUCAUGAUAUAAUUUAGUAAAAGUUACGACUGAUGUUAUGUUUCUGUAAACAAAGUUUAAUUAUGUUUUCGUCCCUUUUGAUUGUAGACUUUUAGGCGAUUUAUUAUUGAAAGAAAAGCAAGCAAAAACUCAAUGUUAGAGCCUACAUCUUACAGUAGGUCAUCCUUGUUUUAUAUAUAUUACAGAAUAUUAUUUAUAUUUGUUGUUUUGUUUGUUUUUUAUCAGUAGUGUUUUAUUCUGAUGUUGGAUAUGUUUUUGUUGUGUAAUGUUGUGGUGGGUAAGUGUUGUUGUUUUUCAGUGUAAAUAGAAGAGAGCAAUGACUAACCUCCCUCACUUUAAAUAAAGCUAAAGUCCAUACAAACUCA